UCAAACUGCUACCCCUCUGUUUUGUUGUUUUUCCUUUCUGUCGUCCGGCUCGCCGCUGCUGCCUCAGCCGCCGGGACUUGAACAGAAGUCUCAGUCGAAACACUUCUUGUGUCCAUGUUCUUCUGCAGAUGAGAUAAUUUUCCUUCAUCAAGAAGUGUCACUCGGUAGUUACUAGAUUACGGAAGUAACCCCGGAGAAGCAGUCGCGAACGAUACGGUUUCUGCCAUUUGAGCUAAAGAGAGGCCGGUCAGAGGCCUUGGCUGCUCUCCCCUCGAUGAGGAAAACAACCUCCCAGUCGAGAACUGCCGCGUUAUGUUCUUAACAGUGGAGUGAAGCUGUAGGGGUUACUCAAAGCUUUUAAGGAAGAUCAUUUUAGGUAACCAAGCCUGCACCGAAGUGUGGCAGAGCCGGGCGCAGGAAUGGCAGCAGAAGUGCGAAUGGUGCUUUAUGAGGAUGACUCAGUGCAAGUGCAGUAUGCUGAUGGCUCCACACUGCAGCUCUCUCCUUGUGGCUCGGAGUUUCUGUUUGAAAAGGCGUCUGCUCUUUCUACACACCCUUUACAACAGCCAGAGCGAAUUCGUCAGCGGACACACUUUGUCAUUAGCACCUACCGGGAGCAGCUACAGCGAGCCCUGGAUUUUCGAAACUCUUCAGCUACAUGCCCCUUUUUAUCUGAAAGCCUCAUACCUCCUGAGAGGAAAAAGCAUAUCUUCAUUGACUUCUCUGAAGUAAAAUGGCCCAAUCUUGCUGGAGACGACAGCAUCACAUAUUCAGAGAGUGGUGCUGUGAAGAUAACGUCACUGGAUGGACGUGCACACCUUUGCCUGCCCAGAUCUCAGCAUGAAUUUACAGUCCAUUUUUUGUGUAAAGUGAGCCAGAAGCCAGACUCGUCUGUAGUACUCCCUGAAACAAAUGAUCGUGUCCCAAAAGAUAAACUAGUUGGAAAGACCACAAAAUUCUGCACGUGUGGAAGUUUAUCAGGACAAAGAUUAAAGAAUAAAGAAAAUGAACUUCAUCGCCAAGUCUUGAAAUCUAAAGAAGCGUCAGCGAGCAUAUGUUGUGUGAAUGGAACUGAGGGGAAGGAGGGGCUGCCGUCCCCGAGUACUAGGCACGGAUGUGUGUACGCGUGGAUGAAGCAGUGUUGGUCUGUCGCCUCCUGUCCAGAGCAGUGGAAGUACCCUCUGUCUUUAGCGCUUCGUUUUCAUAACAAAGUUAGCGUAGCGUCUGAAACUGAUGCAGAUUUCCCCGCAAGUGGAAGCAUAACUUCUGACGCCGCAGAAGAAAGUGGAAAAGAGGUUUCUGUUCUUCCCAGAGCCCUGUUACUCAGCUGCCCUGCCCCACACAUGCACAGGUGGAACUUCUGUGACUCACUUUUGCAGAGACAGUCUGAUGGAGAAGACUAUUCCUAUCCUGAGCUCGUGAAGGUGGUGUGGUGCAAGGGUGUGACAUACAGGCUUAACCAUAAAAAUGUAAACUCAAUAGAGAUUUAUCCUGGAGAUGGAUCAGUUUUCAAAUCAGAAGGGCCUUAUUUUGGUAACUAUUUUACGUAUUAUUCGAGUCAAGAAAAAUCAGAAAAGAGAGAAGAAAAAACUUAUUUCAUAAAUAACCUUCCUCCAGACAGACCAGGAAGUCUCUUCUCUGUACGUUCUCUGAUUAAACAGGCAACCAGAAUUCUUCAACACUGUGCCAAGACAAGGCUUUCACUAAGCCACAACUAUCAUGUCUGCUGCUGGAGAAUGGUACCUGAAGUAAAUGCUAACAAUCCCCUGCCCGUGCUUCUGAAAGAGUCUCUCUUACCCAGUGUGGGGAGAUUUCUUGCCUACUCUGAUGACAAAGUUCACGCUGUCUUUUUAGAUGGCGUCACUCUAACACUGAAUUGGAAUUUCAGCUCCUCUGCUGAGAACAGAGAAGUAAAUCAAGGUCUGGCCUUGGGUUGGUGCAGAUUAAUUCUUCCUGAUGGGCAGGAUCAGCUGAUUCAAGCUGAGCAUCCUGGAGCAUAUGAAAGAUAUGUGACAUCAGUAAUAUCAUGGUGCAGAAGACUAACCCAGACUAGUCUAAGACAGGAGCCCAAACAGCUGUCACCUGUUCUCAAAGAAAACUGGUCUGUUGCUUCUGAGCUUGAGAAAAUACAGAAAUUUAACUUGCUCCUGGAAAAUAGUGGGAUCCUCCACUUGACUUCUGGCAAGAAAAGUGAACAGUGUUCUGAUGACCGUACGUCAGAAUCUUCAGAGACCUUGCUAGAAGCAACUAAUAAAGAGAGUGUAUCGAUAGCAUUGAAAAGAACUUCUGAAAUCCUUCAGGAUAUUGACUAUCUCCUGUCAAACUCUAGAAAGUGAAAAAUGGAAUUAUUGCAACAGUAAAUCUUAAGGUUGUUUCACAUUACUGGUAUGAAAUUGCUCGUAACCCAAGGAAUUGCAAGUGCCACUUCUAUAGAAUGUGCAGAACUGAUUUAACUUUGAUUGUAUUUUACCUAACUUGUAAAUUUUAGUGUGUGUAUUUAUUUAUAUAUAUAUGCAUUUUUAAAAUAAAGAACUAUUUUAAAUUUUGAACUCUUUCAUUUGUCACAUCAGAUGUAUAAGAAAAGUUAUGUUUUGCCAUUUUUAAUCUUGUAAUGUUAAUUUCCAAUUUUCUUUUUGAAUGUGCAGAACUGUCCAUUUGGUCAUUUGCUAUGCAGUCUCUCCUGGAGAGCUAAUGUAGCAGAUCUUCUUCUUUCUGGUCCCGGUUCUUGUCACUGCUCUAAAGAGUGCCGUGCACAGACAGUGAAUUAAGUGAGAGGAAGAUUUUCUUACAGGAGAGGACAGUUAAGAUUUGAUAGAGAACUCUCUGCAGCCACAGGCUGCCUGCCGUCCAAGGGCUGAGGGCUGAGGGCAAGCCUGCUGAGGAAGAGCAGGAGCAAGUCUGCAGGGUGGGCCAUGGCCUACAAAAGGCAGAUGCUGGAGGGUUGACAUAGGCUCUGAAGAGGCUCUGAUUGGCUGGGUAUAUAUCAAAAUGGAGUGAGAAAGUAAGGCUCAAUGAAGGAAGAGCCUGGUGAACCUGAAAGAGGAGUAGUUCGCAGUUUAGCUGGUGGUCCCAUCCCCUUGCUGUCACAGCCAUGGUAAGGAAGCAGA